AUGGCUAUUAAACGUAAAGAUUUUCAAAAGACAUCAUCAACUAUACUUGAAUUUUUACUUAAAUUACCUGAUGAAGAAACAAGUUCACGUUUACGAGAUACACUUUUACAUGCUCUUCAUUUUUUACAACAAUAUUAUUUAAUAUUACAAAAACGUGAUAAAGAACAAAAACCAUUACAAUGGACAAUUGAACGUGGUUUAAGUCCAUUAACACCAUUUCGUGAAGCACCUGAUAAAUUUCAAUGGCCAUGGAUUGAUGUUGAAUCAAAUAAAGUUAAACAAAUAAUACCAAAACAUUCAUUUAAUAAUUUUGUUAAUUUAUCACCAAUAAUUGUUGCUGUACGUGAAGGUGAUUUAAGAUAUGUUAAAGAAUUAUUAAAUUCUGAACCAGAUUUAAUUGAUUGUGUUGAUUCAUUUGGAAGAGAUUUAUUAACUUAUGCUGUACAAUAUCAACAAAUAAAUAUUUUAAAUUAUUUAUUAGAUGAAUAUAAAUCAUCAAUUAAUAUAAAUAUUCAAGCUAAUGAUGGUUCAACAUGUUUACAUCGUGCUUGUUAUACAGAUGAUGGACAACAUACAAAUAUUGAAAUAGUAAAAAUUUUAUUAGAAAAUAAUGCUGAUCUUACAAAACAAGAUGUGCAUUUACGUUCACCAUUACAUUGGGCUGUUUUAACAGAAAAUAUUGAUUGUUUAAAAUUAUUAAUUGAAUAUAAUGCCGACAUACAUAUUAAAGAUAUUGAUGGUAUGACACCAGCUAUGUGGGCGUGUCAUCUUGACCGUUAUGAACAUUUUAAAGAAUUAUCUCGUUAUAUGAAUGAUGUAAUAGAAAAAGAUAAUGAUGGUCGAACAUGGAUUCAUCAUAGUGCAAGAAAAACAGAACCAUUAGAAUGUUUAAAAUAUUUAUUAUCAUCUGAAUCUAUUUUAUUACGUGAUAACGAUGGACGAACUUGUUUACAUGUUGCUGCUGAACAAGGUUCUGUUCAUGCUUGUCGUCUUAUAUUUCAAAUGAGUGAACAAGCAAAUAAUCAUUCCUAUGUACAUGAUGGGGAUAAAUGUCGUCAAACUCCACUUCAUUUAGCAACAAAACAUGGUCAUGCUCGUGUAUUAAAAGAAUUAUUAGAUCAUGGUGCUGAUCCACAUCUAAAAGAUAUUCAUGGUAUAUCAGCCUUAGAUUAUGCUCAAAAUCGUGGUCUUUAUUUUUGUCGAAGUGUUUUUGAAGUUUAUUUGCGUGAAAAAUCAAAUAAUAAUAAUAUAAAUAGUCGACCAUCAACAACUCUUAGUUGCAAUAAUAAUAGCAUAAUAAAAAUGAAUGGGUAUGAUGUAACACCUACACCCCCCGUUAAUGGUCAUGCAACAUAUAUUCGUCGUAAUGAUCGUCGUCCUUUAAAUGAAUCAUUAACAAUAGGAAAUCAUUCAUCACCUACUCUAUCAAUGGAACAAUAUUCUCGUACAAAAAAUUAUCCAAAAUCUUCAUCAAUUCUAUCAAAUCAACAAGAUAAUAAUGAUAAUAAUAACAAUAAUAAUAAAAAUAAUAAUAAUAAUAAUAAUAAUAAUAAUAAUGAAAAAGAAUCCAAUCGAUUAUUAUCAUCAUCAGCAACAAAUAUGUCAAUAAAUGCUCCACCUGUUAAACCUCGAAAAAGUUCAACAACAUCAAAUAUUACACAUAAUAAUUUAUCAAAAGUUCAACAAAAUCCUAAUCAUAAUAUUAUUAAUUCAAUUCAUUCUGACGAUGAUAAUGAUCAAAGUGAAGCAAAUAGUCUUGCAGGUCAUGUUAGUGAUGGAGAUUUUGAUAAUGAUGAUCAAUUAUUAGAAUAUGAAAGACCUAAUUCUCAUAUUUUAUUACGUUAUAAUAAUGAACGAUCUCAACAACAAACGAAUUUAAAACAUCAUAGAAAUAAUUAUAAACAAACAAAACAAUCAAAUACACAUUCAACAUAUGAUGAUUAUCAUUUUCUUGAUGAACAACAACAAUUAACAUCUAGAAAUAAAUCAAAACAACAAAUUCGUACAAUAAUUACAAAAGAUUUUCCUCAUUCAUCAUCAUCAAAUCGUAUUAAUUCUAAUAAUGGAAAUCAAUCAGCAUCAAAUCGACUUAAAUCAGGUUCAAAAUCAAGUUCAACUGAAUCAAUUCCAACACUUGAUUUAACAGUUGCUGGUCAAAAAGUAUUUCGAACUAAACAACAAAUUGAAACAUAUUUUCCUAAUUGUUUACCUUCAUCAAAUGUUAUGCGACCACCAAGUGGUCGUUUAAAACCAAUUAAUAGUGCAAAAUCAACAUCAUCUUAUACAGAUGAGUUUUCUUCUAUGUCAAACAAAACAUUAGAAGAUGUUACUAAUAAUGUUAAACAAUUAUCAUCAAAUAAAACACAUCUCUAUAAGAAAAAACUUGCACCAUUAGUUAAUGGAAAUGAUGCAAUCAUAAAAAAAUAUUCAACUCGUUCAUAUAAUGAUCAACAACAACAAUAUAUUGUUGAAGAUAUAUCUUCAGACAGGUCAGAAGAAACAAGUGCUACUGCAAGUACUAACGGAGCAAGUCGAGAUAUGAGAUCGUCUAAUCUCAGUGACAAACGCUCAAAAUAUCAUUGA